CGCAUACGAGCUUUCACACCUCGUUUCAUUGGAUAUUUUUGAUCACUCGAAGCCGCUCAUGCCCAAAUUUGUAUCGAAGAAAACUCCGACGAUAUGGUAUCGGCCGAUUCCCAUUCGAACCUGCUGAAACUGGUUUCUAAGAUCAAGCACCACGCUGAAGACAUAGAAAAUCAAUUGCGUCUCAGCGGACGACCAGAGCCAAGUUUUGAGAAGACCUCAAUUGAAGUCCCAGAUACUCCGGAGUACACAGCUGCUCGUGCAUCGCUCAAUGAUGCAGCAAAUGACCUUCUUCUACUCGUGAAUGGGCCAAAAGCACAUUUCCGGUCAUUGUUCUGUUACCAUCACGAUUUGGCAGCAUUCCAAGUAGCAUUUGAGUUGGACUUCUUCAACAAUGUGCCCUUUUCUGGAGUCGUCACCAUCCCGCAGCUUGCUGAGGCAGUGAAGGUUGAUGAGGAUCGAGUCGGAAGGAUCAUGCGAUUUCUGACCACCCAUCGGGUUUUCACAGAGACCGAGCCUGGAUUCUUCGGGCAUAACUCGUUUUCGGUGUUGUUCGCGAAGGACUCCGAAAUUUAUGCUGCAGCGCACUAUCAGUUAGAUGAGUUUUUCAAAGCAGCUUCUGAAGCUAGCGAAGGGAUCCGUAGCUCUCCUUACCUGUCUGACAAUAUGCACUCCCCGUUCCAAACGCGGUUUGGUGUACCUUUGUUCCAAUACUACCAGCAGAAUCCCAAAUCAGUGGCUCGCUUUGGAAAAGCUUUGAAGGGAAUAGCAAAGCUUGAUCGCCAAGUCCAUGAGCUUAAAGGCGGGUUUCCUUGGGAGAAGUUUGAAGGAGGCAAAAUCGUUGACAUCGGCGGUGCAAGCGGUCAUGCUAGCAUCUGGCUCGCCCGACUGUAUCCGCAAUUGGAAUUUAUUGUACAAGAUGGGUCCGAGGAUCUGCUGGCCCAGGGGAAGGGACAGAAUCUGAGUGAUAUCGGGAGUAGAGUCACGUUCAUGAAGCAUGACUUCUUCCAGACCCAGCCCCAGUUGAACGCCGGCGCAUAUUUCAUCAGGCAGGUACUGCACAACUGGAAUGACGAUGACUGCGUCCGUAUCUUGAAGGCGGUUGUCCCCGCGCUUGAGAAGUGCAACCCAAAUACGCCCCUACUGAUCAAUGAGACCAUCUUGCCUGAGCCUGGAACCCUGAGUCGAUAUGAAGAGCAUUCUCUUAGGCAAGUCGACAUGCUUGUUAUGGUAGCACUGGGGGCCAAACAACGGACCCAGGCCGAAUUCCAGGAUCUUCUGCACCAGGCUGAUCCGUGCCUAGAGAUUGUGCGGGUUUAUGGAACAGGUAGUAUGGGGUUGCUGGAAGUGCAAAUGAUAAAGGACUCGGACGCCACAAAGGGGGGUUGAGUAGCAGUAUGAAUGGCUGGAAACAUCGAGCUCGCAUGGGU